UCCGCGCCACGCCGGCAGGGGCCGCUGUGGUACGUCUCGAGCUUCGCUGGGCCUCGGCUGAGCGGAAGCGGCUUUCCGGCCUGCGCUUUAUAGGCCUCUCUUGUGCUUCCUAUUUCCUCUUUAAGCAGGACCCGCCAACAUGGGCCGCGUUCGCACCAAAACCGUGAAGAAGGCGGCCCGGGUCAUCAUCGAGAAAUACUACACGCGCCUGGGAAACGACUUCCACACCAACAAGCGUGUGUGUGAGGAGAUCGCCAUUAUCCCCAGCAAGAAGCUCCGCAACAAGAUAGCAGGCUAUGUUACGCAUCUGAUGAAGCGCAUUCAGAGAGGUCCUGUGAGAGGUAUCUCCAUCAAGUUGCAGGAGGAGGAGAGAGAGAGGAGAGAUAAUUAUGUUCCUGAGGUCUCAGCCCUGGAUCAGGAGAUCAUUGAGGUGGAUCCUGACACUAAGGAAAUGCUGAAGCUUCUGGACUUUGGCAGUCUCUCCAACCUGCAGGUCACUCAGCCUACAGUGGGGAUGAAUUUCAAAACACCACGUGGAGCUGUUUGAAUCUUUUCUGCUAUUCUUUAAUAUUGCAAUAAAUCUGGGGACAACAAC